AUGAUCGAAGUAUUAGUUGGCAUUAUUUUGAUAUAUUUUUUCUGGCGACUUCUCUUUUUCUAUUGGUCACAUUUAACGUCACGUGAUCUGCCUCCUGGUCCAUUUCCACUUCCCUUUCUGGGAAACUUAAAUCUGAUUGGUACGACCGUUCACAUUGAUUUGGCAAAGCUUGCUAAGAAAUAUGGCGAUCUAAUGACAAUCUACUUCGGAAGCGAGCGUGCGCUUGUCGUGAGAAGCUCGGAAAUGGCUCGGGAGGUACUUGUGAAUCAAUCAUUUGUUUUUGGUGGACGACCGUUGAACCUACCUUACGCGGCCAUUUUGUUUAGUCACGAUGGUAAGAAUAUCGCUUUUUCGAAAGAAAUUUCUCAGCGUUGGAAGAAACAACGUAAAAUAUUUUAUGCUGCUUACAGGACGUUUGGUAAUAGUCUUGAAAAUAAGGCUUAUGACGUCAUAAAGGAUCUUUUGGCUGACCUGGUAGAAAAAACGGUCACUCCAAGAAACAUUCCGCAAGAUAUAUUUCAUUGUGUUGCUAACAUCAUUUGUGCCAUAACAUUUGGGUUCAAAUACGACAAAGAUGACCCAGAAUUCCAUGCUCUCAUGAACACUUUUAAUGAUAGCGUGAUUAAACUUAAGUCGGCCACUAAUCUUUUGGACACGAUUGUUUUGCGAAUAUACGGGGAGCACGAAACCGCAAAUCCAGUGGAAGACUACGAUUUGACGCAUGCAUUUCAAAAGCAAUCAGAUGACAUCAUGGAUAGUAAGAAUAAUGACGUCAUUUUAACGAAGGAAGAAAUAACUUGUAUGAUAAAAGAUAUUUUUCUAGCGGGAAUUGAAACCUCGACGUCAGUGAUCACGUGGGGGCUGUAUUUCUUGGCUUUUCAUUCAGAUAUACAAGAUCAGAUUUACGAAGAGAUGAUGCAAGUUUUAGGCCCCGAUUCUCCCCGACAUUUUCCGACCGUCAUCGACUACCUUUGCUCUGGGCAAGCAUCACAGAAACGUUAA